AUGUCCAUGAUACAAUCUGAUCAAGAUGAAUCAUCUGAUACUUCUGAUGCUUCUGAAGUAUCUGAUACAUUAGAGGAUAAAGUUAUUGAAGACGAGAAAAUUGAAACUAGGAUUCCAUUAUCUACAUCUAUAGUAUUGGAAAAGCUUCCCGAUCAAAAACAGGUACAAUUGAGCAGAAUAACUAAUGAAAGUGGUAUAUUCAAAGUCACAAUUAGAUUUCAGCCGAUAGGCUCGACUCCUAGUAUAAACCCAAGAGUAUUUAAGAUAUCUUCUAAUCAAUCGAUAUCAACGAUAAGUAAGUUUUUGAUCAAAAGAUUGAAAAUUAAAAGCAAUCUAAUUUACUUAUAUAUACAGAAUUCAUUUCAGCCAAACCCUGAUGAAAAACUAGGAGAUUUGUACCACUUGUUCAAGACAAAUAACGAGUUGAUCAUAAAUUAUUGUCAUUCUAUAGCAUUUGGCUGA